AUGGAGUCGUCGCCCCCGAUGCUCCCGCAGCUCUCGUCCUACCUGCCGGCGCCGUCUUCGGACACGCGCACCCCCAGCAUGGCCACCACCGGCAGCCUCGGGUUCAAGAAGCGACGCAACAGCAUCGAAGGCACCUUCUCGGCAGUCAGUCCACGACUACCCCCGACCUCCCACCGCUCCGAAAGCGAGCUGCUCAAGCGGAAGCAGUCGUCGUCUUCGAUGUCUGUGCACGACGACGUCGAGGGGCCGAACGCGACUCCAUUCUCACGCCUUAGCAGUCUUUACGCCGCAGAGGGCCAAGCCAGUCCGCUCAUCACGUCGGAGGGGUUUUCCCAUUCGUUCUCGUCUACAUCGCCCUCUCAAGACGGCGAUAACUCGACAAGCGGUUAUUUCGCGUCACAGCCGGCCACGACGGCACCCCGUCGCGAACGCACAUCAAGGUACUUGAGCGAGGAAGACCGCCGAGAGAUCAUCACGCGGAUCGACGCGGGCGAGAAGCAGGUGACACUGGCGAGGGAGUUCUGCGUCAGCCGCGCCGCUAUCUGCAACCUCUACAAGAACCGGUGGGAAGUUCUAACUCGCGGGAGUCGCAACCCCGAGUCAAAGCACCCCAAGAAGACGUGCAGCAGGAAGGCGAGCCCGCGGUUAACGUCCCAGACGACCACUGCAGAGCUGAACAUUGCUGUGCCCAAACCUGAGCCGACGCCAGUGUACCCCGACGUGUCCACGAUAUCGAUUCGUUCAGAGGAGAGCCCGCGUGAUGACGAGGAGGGCUCGACCGACGUCGUGGUCUCCAGGCCAUUCCUUGUCCACGAGGCCUCAGCAUACUCGUACCCGUGCAGGAACCUGGUCGCCGCACUGCGGGACGAAAGUAUCAGUACGGUAGUCUUCCAGCAGCGAGCAACGCGUUUGGUACGACUGGUGAUCGAAGAGGCGCUCACCUGUUUGCCGCACGAGAACGUCGAGAUCACAAACCAGUUCGGAGACGUUUGCCACGGAGCCAAACCACUGGAUGAACGCGAUAUCUGCGCUAUCUCCAUGGAGGACAAGGGCAUGGUUCUGCUUCGAGCCUUCUCCACGAUCAGUCCGACAUCACCUACGGGUGUGAUGUCUAUCGACACAAGAGCUACAGACGUCUCGCCGUCAUUCGUACACGCCCAACUACCGCCCAUUCACCCUCGUCAAGCCGUGCUACUCCUUGACAUCGAGUGCGCCACAGGUGAGGAGGCGUGCGCUGUGCUACACCACCUCGUCCACGAAAAGCAGAUAGCCGAGAAAAACAUCUAUCUCGUGACAGUCAUCAGCUCCUUUGAGGGCCUUCAAAACGUGUUCCGCAACUUCCCAGGUGUGUCGCUCAUAACUGCACAAGUAGAUACUGUCGUAGACGUGAACAAACGCAUCCGACCGGGCAUUGGCAACUUCAUGCAACGCUUCUGGAACGUCCAGGCGGACGUCACACCUUAG